GCCUAAAGCAGCAUGUGGGUGAUGUUACUUCAUGGUUUAGCCAAUGGCCAGCAUUCUGCUUAUCAAACUACAGUAGAUAAAAUAAAUAAGUGUCACAGGAAGAGAAAGCGAGGCAGGGCUGCUGGCAGUGUGCUCAGUUACAGUCAAAAUGAAGAAUAAAUCGACCAAUCUUCGUGUGCGGCUCCCUGCGCUAAUUUUUGCAUUGGAGGUCAUGAUUGUGGUUCUCUAUGCAUUCUUUGUGACAUAUGAAGAUGAUGCUAAUGCAUUUCUACAGAACAACCAGACAAGGCCAAUGGAGAACUCUUUGUAUCAGAACUAUCCAUUUUUUGCUGACAUUCAGGUGAUGAUAUUUCUCGGAUUCGGCUGCCUUCUGGCCUUUUUCCAGCACUACGGUUUUGGUGGAAUGGUGUUUAAUUUCCUUAUCGCCACGUUUACCAUUCAGUGGGCCAUUCUGGUGCAGGGCUUCUUUCAGUUUUACUACGAUGGGAAGAUUCAUCUUGGUGUGUUGAAUCUGAUCAAUGCUGAGUUUGCCUGUGCUGUUGUGCUCAUCUCUUUUGGAGCAGUGAUGGGAAAGACGAGCCCUGUGCAACUCCUGGUCAUGGCCUUGCUGGAGAUCCCUGUGUUUGGUGUCACAGAAUGGGCUGUGGUGAAAUACCUAAAGAUCAACGAUGCCGGGGGCUCGAUCCUCAUCCACAUUUUUGCCUGCUACUUCGGACUGGGUGUCACCUUUGUCCUCUACAGGCCCAGCCUAAAUGAGGGACACCCAAAAGAGUCGACAAGUUACCAGUCGGAUCUGCUCUCAGUAAUGGGAACCCUGUUCCUCUGGGUGUUCUGGCCCUCUUUCAACUCAGCGCUGACCUUGAAGGGUGACGACCAGCACAGAGCCAUUCUCCACACAUUCAUAGGUCUCAGUGCCUCCACAAUCACCGCCUUCGCCCUGUCCAGCAUGCUCAGCAAGAAUGGCAAGAUCAGCAUGGCCGAUGUGCAGAACGUAACACUGGCUGGUGGUGUAACGGUCGGUGCUUCAGUGGACAUGAUGAUUUCGCCGGCUGCUGCUUAUGUGCUGGGCAUCCUGGGAUGCAUCGCAUGCAUGCUGGGGUAUAAAUACUUGAGCCCGUUCUUAGCACACAGGCUGCGGAUACAGGAUCAGUGCGGCAUUCACAACCUGCACGGCCUGACAGGACUCAUUUCCAGCCUAGCAGGAAUCUGUGCCAUCCUGUUGGCGACCGAGGAAACAUACGGCCCCAGUCUCUAUCAAACCUUCUCUCAUCGGGCCCCUCCACAGGGAGACCCUCUGCUAGUGGAGUUGCAGGAAUUGAUCCCAGAUCUGGAAGCGGGUUUGGGUCGGACCGCACGGGAACAAGCCCUCUUUCAGGUAGCUGCCGUGUUUGGGACUAUUGCGGUGGCAGCAGUCGGGGGUUUGCUGACUGGUGUGGUACUCAAGUUACCGUAUCUGGCUUCCCCCAGCGACGAGAAAUGCUUUGACGAUGAGCUCUUCUUUAAUGUUCCACCAGAUUACAAAAGCGUAAAUGGUCCACAGGACGUAUGGUCCUGUGUUCACAGAGACACAAACAAAACUGAUGCUGACUGAAGAAUGAAAAGGACUAUGUGUUAGUAAAGAGGAAUAAAUGUCAAUGUAGGACUGCUGUGAACUUCAGAACUGAGUACUGUGUAACUUGCUAAAUCUUAACUAUUUACCCCCCCAAAAACUGUUUAUUUUAAUAUUUGAUGGGAUGAGGUUUGUAUACUGUGUAUCAAAAUACAAAAAGUGUAUGAUUUUGAUCAAAUUUUGUAUUUGUAUAAUAUUUUAUAUAAUCCAUUUUCAUUGAUAUAAAAAACAAGUAUGCUGCACAUUAGCAUACUUUUUAAAAGAGUAAUUAUUAUUGGAAAUAAUAUAUGUAAGUGCGAGCUGAACAUAAUGUUUGCAAUUUUAUUCAAAUGUAUUAUAGUUUAAAUUGUUUAAUGUAGUUAGUUGAACGUUUUGACUCUUUAUAUGUAGAUUCAUGAUUACUUCCGUUGAAAUGUGACUAAAUGUGUAUUGCCAAAUGUACUGACAAGAAUUUGUGUUUAGGAAAAUAUAUUUUAAUGUAAUUUCUAUUGAAACUUGUAACUCAUAGACAUAAUUGUAAUGAUAAUGUUGCAAUUUUGUAGAUUUAAAAUAUAUAACAUUUAAAUGUAAUAUCAAAUAGUACAUUUGAAAUCAUAACCCAGCACUUUACAUGCAUUUUAGUUUGUUAGUAAACACAUCCAAAUAAGUGUACCUCUUUAAAAAGUGACAAAAGAUUAACAAAACAAUUAUAUAAAAUGUGCUUUAAGGUAAACCGAUGAAUUUCACAUUAUUACAAAGUGCGCUUAUUGAAAGUGACUUCAGUGUGUUAAGAAACAGUCAUGAAAGUGUCUCUCUUUAAGUGCACUUAAGUGGUAUUUUAUUUCAGUAUAUUAUUUUAUCUUCAAUUAACUUUUUUUGUUUAAAACACUUUAAAAUUUGAAGUAAACUAUAAUUCAAUACAAA